UCUUCUCUUCUUGACCAAACCAAAGCUCUCUCUAAAAGAUAAAGACAAAAAGAGUAAAGACAGUAGUAAUAAGAGAGAGAAGAAGAAGAAGCAGAGAGGAGAGAACGAACCAAUAUCAAUGGCGGUUUCCGUUUCUAUUCUCGUCGUCGUCACUGCUCUUCACCUCCUUGCUUUCGUCUUCGCUUUCGGCGCCGAGCGUCGCCGUAGCACCGCUGUGGCGGUGCCGGACCAGUACGAUGACCAGACUUUUUGUAAGUACGGAACUGAGGCGUCGACGGUGUACGGUAUGUCGGCGUUUGGGUUGCUUCUUGUUAGUCAGACAGUGGUUAACGGCGUUACUAAGUGUCUCUGUUUCGGAAAGGGUCUUGUUUCUGGUACUUCUUACACUGUCUGGGCUAUUGUCUUCUUCGUUGUCUCUUGGGUGAGCUUUCUAGGAGCUGAGGCGUGUUUAUUGGCUGGAUCAGCAAGGAACUUGUACCACACUAAAAGUAAAGGCAUCUACCAAGGGAAAGAGCUUUCGUGUGCUGUCUUACCAGUUGGGGUCUUUGCUGCUGGAGCUGCUUUCACUCUCUUGUCUUUGAUUGCAACCAUUCUUUACUACUUGGCUCAUUCCAAGGCUGACACUGGUGGAUGGGAGAAGCAUCAGAACGAUGGCAUUAACAUUGGUAUGACUAGUCCUGCAGAGGCUCCAAAGCAACAGAACCCCGACUUCAACAAGGUCUAGACCAGUUUCUGUUUAGUCUUAUGAUGGCUAUGGUUUAAAGACAGGGUAAACUAUAAAAAUAGAUGUUUUGUUAAUUGUUCAUAUAAACUUGUGUUCUCAGAUGUAAGAUGGUAAUGUCGGCUUAUAUGUGUCUUAUUAAAAAAAAAUUGGAUUGGCUCAAUCAUAUAUCAUUGCUUGACAUUAA